AUGGACGACAAAAUCACCCCGGCCGGCGCCACCAGCGCCUCCGACAACGAGAAGCAGCAGGUUGAAAACGUCGAGUACACCGACCCCCCCCCCGCCGCCGCCGCCGCCGCCGCCGCUCCCCUCCCCGCCGGCGUCUCCCCCUCCCUCGCCGCCGUCGCCGCCGCCCACGGCGUCGCCAUCCCGGACAUGGACCCCGCCCGGCGCGCCGCCGUCGAGAAGAGCCUCAAGCGCAAGCUCGACGCGCGCUGCUCGCUCUUCAUCCUCAUCUACAUCAUGAACUACCUGGACCGCAACAACCUGGCCGCGGCCCGCCUCAAGGGCCUGCAGGAGGAUUUGAAGCUCGACGACACCCAGUACGCCACCUGCCUCAGCAUCCUCUACGUCGGCUACAUCCUCAUGCAGGUGCCCUCCAACAUGUUCAUCAACCGCAUCUCCCGCCCGUCCCUCUACAUCGCCGGCGCCAUGCUCACCUGGGGCGUCAUCUCCACGCUCUCCGGCAACGCCACCGGCUUCGGCAGCAUGGUGGCCAUCCGCUUCCUGCUCGGCUUCGUCGAGGCCGCCUUCCUCCCCGGCGCGCUGCUCAUCCUGUCCAAGUGGUACACGCGCCGCGAGCUGACCAAGCGCAACGCGCUGCUCUUCUGCGGCAACCUAAUCUCCAACGCCUUCUCGGCGCUGGUCGGCGCGGGCGUCUUGUCCAACAUGAACGGCGUGCUGGGACACGCCGCGUGGCGAUGGCUGUUCUGGAUCGAGGGCGCGGCGACCUGCGGGAUUGCCAUCCUGGCCGCCUUCAUCCUGCCAGACCUGCCACACAACUCGCGCGGCUUCACCGAGGAGGAGCGCCAGGUGGCGCAGAUGCGCAUCGUCGAGGACGUGGGUGAGCUCGACACCGACGCCAACUUGGGGCCGACCGAGGGUCUGAAGAUGGCCCUCAAGGACGUCAAGAUUUACGUCAUGAUGUUUACCUUUACCUCUUAUGUGGUUGGUCUGUCGUUUAAUGCCUUUUUCCCCAGCUUGACGCAGACGCUCGGCUUCAGCUACGUCCCCACGCUGCUCAUGAGCGCCCCCCCUUGGGUCUUUGCCUGCUUCGUCUCCUACUUUGUCGCCUGGAACUCUGACCGCACCCAAGAACGAUUCUGGCACAUUGUCUCGCCCAUGCUCGUCGGCAUCGUCGGCUUCGUCAUCUGCAUGUCCACGCUCAGCGUGCCCGCGCGGUACGUCGCGCUCUUCCUGCAGACCAGCUCGUACGCCGGCUACAUCGUCUUCUACUCGUGGAUCGCGUCGUCGUUCCCGCGGCCGCCGGCCAAGCGCGCCGUCGCCAUCGCCAUCAUCAACGCCUUCGCGCAGCUCGGCAACGUCGCCGGCUCCUACGUCUGGGACCUCAAGGAGAACGGCUACCGCAAGAGCUACGCCAUCGUGCUCAGCAUGUUCGGCGUCACCAUCUUUGGCUGCUGGGUGGUGCGGCUGAUGCUGGUGAGCCUGAACAAGCAGCUGGAGAAGAGCGAGGCGCAGACGGAGGAGGCGGAGCCGACGCCGGGCACGGUGCAGAUCCUGAACAGCCCGGACGAGGCGCUGCAGAUGCGCAAGGGCUUCCGAUACCUGGUUUAG